AUGUCGUCUUCAUUCAAGAUAAUCGAACACCACACUCCCUGUCAAACCAUCAGAGAGUAUCCUCAAGCAACCUCGACAUACCAAGAAGAAAAGCUAUACCUCAGCGCGAAACAAUACAUUCCACUCAACCGCACACCACAGAAGGGUGAUGUGACAAUUCUAGCAGCCCAUUCGUCGGGAUUCCCAAAAGAGCUAUACGAACCAUUUUGGGAAGACCUACUCCAACAGAGUGAGAAAGCAGGUUACGGCAUCCGAAGUAUAUGGAUGGCAGAUGUAGCGCAUCAAGGAGCUUCAUAUGUGCUCAAUGAGAACAAGAUAGGGAAUGAUCCAAACUAUGCCGACCAUGCUCGCGACCUUCUCUCCUUGAUCAACACACAUCGCGAAGAUUUUACUCGACCGAUUAUCGGCAUAGGCCACAGCAUGGGCACGAUAUGUCUAGGACUGCUAGCUCAAAUGCAUCCUCGCCUCUUGACCUCCAUCGUCAUGCUCGACGCCAUCAUAAUCCAUAAGCAAAUGCCUGCAUGGAUCGCAAUGACACGCCUGACAUCUAUUCGAAAGGACUUCUGGCCCAAUCGACAAGCAGCAGAAGCUGCCUUCCGCAAAAACGCCUUGUUGAAACCCUUUGACGAACGAGUACUGCAAAAGAUCAUGAAACACAGCAUCAGAGCCACGCCUACCCUACUCUAUCCCCAAAGCUCUGCAGAGCAAGGACAAGGAGAGCAAGGCUAUACUCUCACAACUCCAAAACACCAAGAAGCUCUUUCCGUCGCACGACCCAAUUACGAGGAUAGAAAUUGGUCUGCGGCACCUGAUCCGCUCGCGCGAUCUACUGUUCCAGAUCUCUGGCCUUGCGCUCCUUACAUCUCGCCCUUCUACAAGUCAGAAGGAAGGACUUGUUGGAUGUUCUUGCCGCACCUACGACCUUCUGUUUUUUGGUUGUAUGGCAAAAACUCAUACACCAUGGACCCAGUCGAAAGACGCGAGAAGAUGAAGAGAACAGGCACAGGCUGGAACGGCUCUGGUGGCGCUGAGAUGGGAAGGGUCAAGGAAGAUUUUGUAGAAGACACGGGUCACUUCUUGUGUUUUGAGAAGAUUGCAGAGACGGCUGAGAAAGUGUCUGAUUGGCUGGACGCAGAGAUCAAAAUUUGGAAAGAUCUGGAAAAGGUUACGUUUGACGAGGAGUGGCUGAAGAAGGAUGCUACAGGCAGGCAGAAGUUGGAUGGAAAGUGGUUGGAAGGUGUCAAGAAGUGGAAGGGAAAGGAGAGGGCUGUUCCAUUGAGCAAGCUUUAA